GAUGAGAUCAUUAUAUGCGGAAGUAAAUGUGUUUGAACAUUCAGCGAGUGUGCAAGUGAGCGUCGAUAAGCCAAAACAUGUUGGCUGCAUUUAUCGCCGUUUUACUUGGCACUUUAACGUCUGAAGCUCACUACACAGCAGACUGGAAGAGUCUAGAUUCCCGGCCGCUUCCCUCUUGGUACGACGAGGCCAAGGUGGGCAUCUUCAUCCAUUGGGGGGUGUUCUCCGUGCCCGGCUUUAACAGCGAGUGGUUCUGGUGGCACUGGCAAGGUCAAGAACCACCAGACCCCAAGUGUGUGUCAUUUAUGACGAAAAACUACCCGCCGGGAUUCACCUACCCCGAGUUUGCUAGUCAUUUUCAUGGCCAGUUCUUCAACCCAGAGGAGUGGGCUGACCUAUUCAACACUUCCGGAGCAAAGUAUGUCGUCUUGACAGCCAAACACCAUGAGGGUUUUACCAACUGGGCCUCUCCUUACUCUUGGAACUGGAAUUCUGUUGAUACCGGUCCCCACAGAGACCUUGUUGGAGAUCUGGGGGAGGCAGUGCGCAAGCGGUCACUACACUUUGGACUCUAUAACUCUUUAUAUGAGUGGUUCCACCCUCUCUACCUGACUGACAAGCAGAAUGGAUUCAAAACACAGCACUUUGUACUGCAUAAGCUUUUACCAGAGCUUUAUAACAUGGUUGUAAGGUACCGACCUGAGGUGAUCUGGUCUGAUGGGGACUGGGAGGCACCGGACACAUACUGGAACUCCACACAGUUCCUAGCCUGGCUCUACAAUGACAGUCCUGUUAAGGAUACAGUUGUGACCAAUGACAGAUGGGGGGCUGGUUGUUCAUGUAAACAUGGGGGUUACUACAACUGUGAUGACAAGUAUACUCCAGGCCACCUGCCCGAGCAUAAGUGGGAGAAAUGCACGUCUGUGGACACGUUGUCUUGGGGCUAUCGCCGUGACAUGAAGCUGAGUGAGCUGAUGGACCUCCCCGCCAUCAUAGAGGAUCUGGUUCAGACUGUAUCCCUGGGAGGUAACUACCUCCUCAAUGUGGGGCCUACUCCUGAUGGAAUGAUCCCGGUGGUGUUUGAGGAACGUCUGCGGGGAGUUGGUGCUUGGCUGCAAAUCAACGGCGAGGCAAUCUACUCUUCCAGACCUUGGCGAGUCCAGAUGGAAAAUGCUUCGAUACCCGUGUGGUAUACGUCCAAAGGGGGCAGCAUAUAUGCCACCUUGACGAGUAAACCCCCCAAGCCCACUGUGCAACUUUUGGAACCCAAAACAUCAGCAGCCACUAAGGUCAUGUUGUUGGGGUACGCAAAGCCUUUAUCCUGGUCGCCAGUCCAGCCCAAUGCCGGCCUUAAUAUUGUCUUACCUGAGCUGCCUUACACACCAGGACAAGCCUGGACCCUCAAACUGGAUGGGGUACAGUGAACGGCCAACACCAGAAGGUACAAAGUUAAGAACGUCGAAAUGAAUGAACUCAUUUUAAUGUGCACUAUAAAUGAAAUCAGGCAACUCCUAUUCCGUUUUUGCUCGGUUGCCUUGGUGACUACGAUCUGAAUUUUUUUUAAUUGGUUGAUUAUGAAUGAAACUUGUUGGCUAUUUUUACAAUAGAAAUAAAUGGCAGAUUUCCAACCAAAUUUUCACUUUUUCCUAACUCGCAGUGGCGAUGAACCUAAUUCUGAUGAUGUUCUAUUCAUUACUAUUAUUAUAUUUGAAUUGGGGAAAAAAAUCUAUAUCCCCAAAAGGUGCAAAAUCCUAAUUUCCCCUGACAUUAGACUCCUACAUCAUGCUCCUUCAAGGCUAUACUGGAAGCUUUUUGUCACAUCUGGUGUGAAGUGGCAAAAACAUCCCUACAGUGCUGUCAGUCAGUUUACAUUAGGGUGUACUUGUUAGGACAAUGCCCACUGCAGAGCACAAUUGACUCGAAAUGCCAGCUCAUUUCCAUUUGUCCUUUGUGUUAACAUCAAUGUAAACCCCUGGAAUAGAAGAACUCAUCAAAAAGAGAGCAAAUAAAGACAAAGGAGACACAUCAGCCGCGUUUAACUGGCUAAAAUAGCUUUAUAGUAAUCAUAUUAAUAGUAGUAAUAAUUAUAUUAGC